GUCAGAUGCAGGGGCGCAGGGCAGACCACGCAACAUCAACAACAGGAACAGGGUUAAAUCCACCCUGGUCUGCCACCUGGUGUGGGGGGCUGUAACCCAGUGAGGAGGCCUUUCUGGGUGGGAGGACGCAUGAUGAGCGGGAAGAGCCUACUACUGAAGGUGAUCCUGCUGGGGGAUGGUGGAGUGGGCAAGUCCUCCUUGAUGAACCGCUAUGUCACAGACCGUUUCGACUCCCAGUCCUUUCAUACUAUUGGUGUGGAGUUCCUCAACCGGGACCUGGAGGUGGAUGGGCGCCUGGUGACUCUUCAGAUCUGGGACACGGCAGGUCAGGAGCGCUUCAAGUCCCUGCGCACGCCCUUCUACCGAGGCGCCGAUUGUUGUCUGCUCACAUUUGCUGUGAAUGACCUGCAGAGCUUCCAGAACCUUGGCUGCUGGAAGAAGGAGUUCAUGUACUACUCAGACGUUAAAGACCCUGAACGGUUCCCUUUUGUGGUGCUUGGCAAUAAGGUAGACAUGGAGCAGAGGGAGGUGGGGGAGGACGAAGCACGGGCCUGGUGUGAAGAGAACGGCUGCUGUCCUUAUUUUGAGACCAGUGCUAAGGAUGACACUAAUGUCACAGCUGCAUUUGAGGCAGCUGUCAGAGAGGUUCUGGCUGCUGAGGACCAGAUUGACCAUGCACUACUGAGUAGUACUAUUGAUCUCCAUGGCAACCGCAAAACCUCUCGCACAUCUUGCUGCUGAUUGGUCAGGUGCGAAUACACCUUGUCUUAAUCUUUCUGGCUGAAACUUGCCUCAAGCAGUCAGAUAUUGUUUAUGGUACACAUACUGUAGGUACAAGGUACUGAGAACAGUAUCCCCUUAAGAUAUGGUUAAGAUACAGCUGCUCUGAGGAGGGCGGUGUCAAGGACUCAUCUGGUGUUUAGAUUGUUGAAUUAUUGCUCCAACCGAGGUACAGACACACUGCAACAGGCACACUCAUCCUUUGUACUUUGUCUGCUUUCAGUAGAGUUGCACAAAAUAUUUUUACCUGGCUUAAGCUUUGUCUGCCUAUGCAGGAGUUUUAUCAAACAGUGCUUUCAAAGUUAUGGUUUUAAUCAAAAUAAUUUAAACUUAAAUAAAUACAGUGGAAGAGAGAAUACACCAGUCCUCUAUUGAAGAGCACACUCUUUGGCACAGCAACUUGGAGUUGGUCUUGUAACUGCUCAACUUUUUGUCCAUGAGCCUAUUUCCAGGGUUUUAGAAGGACUGAAUACAACAUUGCCUUCUCUUUUAAUUAGAUGUGUUAGCAGUUGUUGGAGAGCUUGAUUAAGAAUUCCUGGCAUCAGUAUAAUGACCAAUACGAUUCAAGGUACGAGGAUGAUAAAUAUUUGCUGCUCUCAAAAGGAAGAUUCACUUGUCUUCAAUGCGAAGGGAAUUGUGAGCUUUAAUUUUACAGCUCUGACUGUAAGCAUUGGGUACGGACUAUUGUGGUGCUCUUAUUCAUUUGAUUAUUAGAUUCAUUACCACUGCACUUUUGUGUAGCCGAAGGUAUCAGGUGCACGAGCCAGGCAUUAUCAGAUCAUAUUUAUUUCCUGUGAUUUAUGUACAUGGGCCUGUUUUAUUAUGUAAGGUUCAGUGUUUCUCAAAGUUCAGAAAUAAUACUGCUGUUGUUGAUAAACUGCUGUUUAUAUUUCUGAGAAGCACAUUUCCACCUUUGACUUUUUAUCUUUUUAACAGACUUUAUUGUCUGAUCUUUAGGCUUCUGCGUUUGAUCAGGGGCUGAUUAAAAUUCUGAUGUGUAGAUGAGGUUAUAAUUAUUAUAAUUAUUAACAUUAAUUUUGAUAAUUAUGGCAUGUUUGUAAUCAUGUGUCUGCCUUGUUGAUUGCGUGGCAGGCCUUAACAUUCCAAUCUUUUAGCUUUGCCUAUUCUGAAGGUCUCCUGUCCUUUACUGAUACAUUACAUACACGUGUGCUGUCAGUCUGUCACUCUAGGUCUCACCUGAAUAUGAAAUAGCAUGAGCACAAGGAUAAUGCCGUUACCACUAAUGUGUGCAUCACCUCUCCUGUCCAUUCAUACAGUAUUGAAUGAAACCUACAGCUGAGUAUUCUGAAAACUUGUUGACGUUUACGUGUGUAAAUCUGGAUGGUACUUUACUUUUAUUUCAGUGUUUCUACACACCGGUUUACUUGCCACAGGUGCACUUGUAUUUGUCCCUUUGGUUUUUACUUCUGUUGGCCAGAGGGCAGUGUUGUUUGCCUGUGUGCUUUUAAAAAAUAAUAUGCCUCAUAUUCAAUGCUUCAAACUGAGUUUAACAUGGUUUAAAUUCAUUCUUAUCAGUAUUUUAGUUGCUGCUUGAACAAUAAUUUAUAUUGUGUGUCCUCUAAAAACCAAACCUGUUGCAUAAAUAAGAUAAAAUGUUUUCAUCUUCUCACUGCACAAAGUCGCCAUGGUUCUCAUUAUGGCCCUAUGUUCUCAUACAGCUUUCUGUUGUGUUAAUGGUCUAGUGUAGUCUCUCAGCCUGAGAUUGCAUUAUUUGCCUUUCAAGUCAAAAAUUGCAUCAUAUUUCAGUAUGCACGCAGAUUAAUGGUGAACAUUACAGGAGUUUCUCUGUGAAAGUGAAACCAAUCCAAUCAGGUACUGUCAUAUUUACUUUAUUACAUGUUUCUUUGUUUUAAUGUAGGCCUAUAAUAACUAGCUUGUUUAUGUGAUCAUGGUUAAAAGUUUUAUAAGAUGUGUUUGAGUAAUGGCACUCUCAGCUGUGAACAGAGUCGGGCAUUUCAACAAAAUGGAGCUGUUAGCCUACAUUAAUUCAAAGCAAUAAUGAGGGCUGAAAGUUUAUUAUUUGUCAGUGUUAAUGCUUUCUGGAUUAAGCAGAAUACCUUGUCUCCGUAUUUACCAUUACAGUUAAAAUCCUGUCCAGAUAAUGUAGCCUACCACAGUGUUUACCUGAAAUCUAACAUCCCCGGGAAUGAGUGGGUAUUUACAAGUUGGUAGCAUAACCAUACAGUAUAUUGUUCUAAUGUUGCUGUCUUAUAUCAUUGCAACCCAGUGUAAUGUCAGUAUUUUUUUUAAUGUUGCUGUAAUAUUUAUGAAUGUAAAAACUAAUUUCUUUGGGCUGUCCAUAUUAAUGGCUUAUGUAAAUUGCAAAGGGCAUUCAUUUUAUAAUAAUGUACAAAAAUGACAGUGAACGUCUGUUUCACUCUGUGCUCAUCCCAUGAGUGUGAUUUAAGCUGUGUGAAAGUUAAGACUGUUCAUCUUGAUUAUGUGUUGAUCUAAUGGACAACUUCCCUGUCUCCUCUUUUUGCACUAUGGAAGAUAAGACUGGUUGUGCCAACAUGCUGGCAAAGCGGUGAAUACUCUCCAGUGCUUGGCUACAAAUAAAACAUGCGACAUACCAAAUG